GAGCCGUCAUUCAUUGCUCCGUGUUGUGUUCAGGUGUCAGACCUGGUGAUGAUCCUGAACCAGCGGAGGGCGAUCGACGCCUUUACCAAGGGCGGCAACCUGACGCUGGGCGGGAACUGCACCGUCGCCGUGGGACCUAUGGGCAGGAACCUGGAGGCGGACGUCGCCCUGCGCAGCACGGCGGCCGUCUUCACCUACUGCAGGUCCAGAGGUCUGUUUGCAGGAGUUUCUCUGGAGGGAUCUUACCUGAUAGAACGCAAGGACACCAACCGCAAUUUCUACCAGCAAGAUAUCCGGGCUUCACGCAUCUUAAAUGGAGACGUCGAGCCUCCGACGGAGUUCCACGACCUUUACCACAUCCUGGACGUGUACACUGAGGCCUACACCACCGACUGGACCAACAAGAACAUGCGAACCAGGUCAAUUGCUCCAUCCAGACCUCCUGCUCCAUCCUCCCAGAGGGCUCCUCAAAGCAGCAGCCGGCAGCAAGCGGCAGACAGUGAAGCGAAGAAAAACAGGCUCUACCCGAGUGUCUCCGUCUACAAGUCUGACGCAUCGAGUAAGUCCUUCCGUCAGGGUUACUCUGAGGUUGAAGGUUCAGGUUUGAUCAGGUUCCUCUUAUAUUUCAUGGAGUCAACUGGUCUCAAAGAACCAUCAGGUUUAUUUUCUGAGAAUGUGUUUAUUUUAGAGAAACUGUGAAAAAGAACAAACAUG